AUGAACCUCGCUGGACUCGUGCGCCUGACUGCCAUCGCGGCCACCUUCGCGGCCAACGUCGAUGGGCAGACCACGUUCGACGGCGACAACCUCCCCUCCAGACUCAACUACCAGGACUACGUCUCGCAGUUCCUGACCCGCAACGACUCGACGGCUGCCGUCGAUAUCGAGCCGCUGAUCCUCGGUGGAGGCAUCGUACCCCCCGGGACCAAGACGUACACUACCGGUAUCCGGCCGUCGGCCAAUGGGACGGACUUCUGCGGCGGCGCCCUCAUCACGCCGACGCACGUGCUCACCGCCGCGCACUGCAUGGCUGGCGACAUCCAGUACGUCUCUGUGGGCACGCACUUCUUGAGCGGGACCGAGGAUGGAGAGCAGAUCAAGGUCGUCAACAAGACCCGCCACCCCAAGUACGCGACCGAGACCAACUCGUACGACUUCCUGGUGCUCGAGCUGGAGAAGGCGAGCUCCUUCCCUCCCGUCGCGCUCGCCAAAGCCGACGGCUCGGACGUCGCCAGUGGCGGCAACGCGACAGUCAUGGGCUGGGGCGCCGUCGCGCAAGGCGGCGUCCAGUCCAACGAGUUGCUGCGCGUCGACGUGCCCAUCGUCAACAAUACCGCCUGCGCCAAGGUGCUCGACGUGGACGACACGAUGCUGUGCGCCGGCGGAAAGCUCGACAUGGACUCGUGCCAGGGCGACUCGGGCGGCCCGCUCAUCCUGGAACAGGCAGCCGAAGACGUGCUCAUCGGCGUCGUGAGCUGGGGCAACGGAUGUGGACGUGCCGGUUACCCCGGCGUCUACGCGCGAGUGUCCGUCGCUCGGGAGUGGCUUGACACGAUCGCCCCUGGCGCCACAUUCCGCUGA